AUGGAAGACGCGACCGACGAGCCGAGAGGACCAGAUCAAUCUGGAGUGUACGACGCUCCAGACUCGUAUCGCGAACUCCGCGAGGUUUCUGCUGAACCGCCAAUCCAACCGACGCUACGCGACGAAGCCGACAGGCCGACAAAGAAGAAUCCGCGGCAAGACAGUGCGGCUCGCCAUGAAGAACCUGUUUUUCGUGAUGGAAUAACAAGAGAGGAACCGGCACCAGAAGGAUCUGGAAAGCAGGGUGUAAAUGGGCUUGAGGUGUCGAGAUUGGCCACUCAAGUUUAUACACACUCGUACCUGGUUCUCUUCGCCAUUCUCGGCACCCUUGCGCGUCUAGGAUUGACGGCGCUGACCAAGUAUCCCGGCACUCCCGUUAUCUUCAAUACGAUAUGGGCCAACUUUACGGGUAGCCUUGUUAUGGGAUUCCUUGCCGAGGACCGCAUGCUCUUCCGCCACGAAUGGGGCACUCCGAUUUACCACCAAGCCAUCGAGCGCGCCAGGCAAAAGGCACGCGACGAAGAGGCUGGUUCAAGCUCAGCAUCUUCUAUUAUAGACUUGACAGCUGCUAAGAAGGCGCAUUUGGCAACCAAGAAGACCAUUCCACUGUACAUUGGACUGGCGACGGGUUUCUGUGGGAGUUUCACGACGUUUUCAAGCUUCAUCAAGGAUGUGUUUCUUGCGCUGUCGAAUGAGUUGGAGACUCCCGGCGUGGCAGGCUCACCAGCGGGGCGCAAUGGGGGGUAUUCAUUCAUGGCGAUGCUUGCCGUACUGAUUGCAACGAUCUCACUGUCGUUGUCGGGGCUCUUCCUUGGAGCGCAGCUGGCCCUUGCGUUGGAACGGGUAAUACCCUCGAUCCCGUUCUCCUUGUCGCGGAAGGCCCUUGAUCCCCUCGCUGUGUUCAUAGGUUGGGGUUGUUGGCUGGGCGCUGUCCUACUCUGCAUCUUCCCACCCGACAAUUCUUGGCGCGGUCAGGCGACCUUUGCGCUGGUGUUUGCGCCUCUCGGUUGCUUGGCCCGCUUCUACCUUUCCCUACACCUCAACGGAAGGAUUGCAACAUUCCCGAUGGGCACGUUUGUGGCCAAUGUGCUGGGGACUGUGCUCCUAGGCAUGGCAUGGGACAUUGCGCAUGUGCCGAUUGGGGGCGUGGUUGGAUGCCAGAUCUUGGAGGGUGUGGAAGACGGUUUCUGCGGGUGCCUGACUACUAUUUCGACAUGGGUCUCAGAGCUCAGCGGUUUGCGACGGCGUAGUGCAUGGGUGUAUGGGACCGUCAGUGUUGUUGUGUCGCUGGUAUUGAUGAUUGCUAUCAUGGGCGGACUGCGUUGGAGCGACGGGUAUAGUGAGCUGUUAUGCUCACCAUAG